AUGGUGGAGCGAUCUAGAGGUGCUCGUGCCGGGGGUUCUGGAGCUGCCGAAGCUAGUGGUGCUGCUGGUGCUGGAGGUGCUGGGGGUACUGGAGCUGCUGGAGCUGGUGGUGGUGCUGCUGCUGGAGGUGCUGGAGGUGCUGGAGCUGCUGGUCCCGGAGGUGCUCGUACUGGAGGUACUGGAGCUGUUGGAGCUGGUGGUGUUGCAGGUGCUGGAGCUGGAGACCCUGGAGCUGGGGGUGCUGGCGCUGGGGUGCUGGAGCUGUUAGAAUUGAGCGUCGUGAGCCUGCGUCUCAUCCUGCCUCGCCUGUUCGCGCUGUUCGCACUCGUAGGCGUCCUCCUCCUGUCCCCGGCACUCACACUAUGGCACUUCAUCCUUCCUCUAUUCCACUUCAAGUUCCCCUGCCGUCUCCUGCGUCCUCUCUUCCUAACUUAG